CCGUUCUCCUGUGUUUUUCGGGUCUUAACUCUUCAAACUUCAACUCAUUUCAACAAUGCGAAUAUCAAAACGUUUAACUUCUGGUGAAUUGUAACUAUUGGUAAUUUCAGCUAUUAUACUUUUUGGAAUCAUUUAAACUUAAAUACACUGUAAUUCUUCAGAAUUCAGCAAAAAUUUUGUGCUCCUGGUUUUCUCUGUCGUGGAAAAAAUACUAUUUCCAAGCAGUUCAGGCAAAAUCACUCAGUCAGGUUUAUUCGUAUAUUGUACACAAUACAGAGAGCUCAUAGACAAUCAGUAAUAAAGUUCCCCCCUCAUAACUUUGUCAAAUAAAGAGAAAAUGCUGCCAAACUUACAUGAUUUAUUGUUGGUGAUGAGAGGAAUAAACACAGUUAAAGACUCGGUGAAUUAAUUUGUUCCCAUGUUAUGAAGGGGGAACGGAUUAUUUCAAGCAGCUGAAAUAUCCAUUCUCUCCUCUCCUCCUCCCAUAACUUUGGGGAAUAAAGAGCAACUGUUUCCAAAUUCUCAAAAAUUGUUAUGUGCGAUAGCAUGUAGUAGCCUAUACUAGAAAUUUCCUUAAUCCAGUAAUCUGUCAUAUUUUACAUUGGAACAGGAUUUACCAGAAAGUCUACACUCUCAUCUUUUCAGGAAGUCUUAAUUUUUGUGCCUUAUCAGCCAGCUACCAUCCUCUUAUAUCAGCAAUGAAAAACUAUAAAUACAUACAUGUUGGAAAAUUGUGUUUGGUGACUGACAUUUAUUUCUGUCAGGCUGAAGUGACAAAAGUUGGAGAAAGACCGAUUCUCUUGGCAUUUAAAAUAACACAAAACAGCGUAAAAAGACCUCGUUUAUUUAAUUACUUUACAAUUUUGUAAACAACAGCUGCCGGUUAAACUAAAUGUUACAACCUUGACAUGAUUACCUGAGUUCUUUUUACUGAUAAAUCGAUCAGAAGCGCCGUGAAAAUGAUCACAUCCGCCUCCCUGGCUGCAAUGCGCGCCCCCGACACAGGGGGACAGAAUUUCGCACAAGAACUCUCUGGUUCUGACGCAGCUGUAGAAAACAACUUCCAACCUUCUACAUGAAACCCAAAUAGUUCUUUUGGUGAGAAUUCAUAAGCAUUUCAUUUAACAUGACUAGCAGAUGUGACCUUAUUGUAAUUUUUCCAUGAUACAGUUUACUAGUCUGCCUACUCCAUUCAAAAUGUUAAGCUGUCUUGAAUUGAAUCGGCUUUUUCCAUCUCCUAUGGUUUCUCUAUAAUCAUAAUUUAAGCUUAAACAUGGCCGUUGUUUGGGCUUCGUCAUCUUUAGUGCCCAUGGAAGAUAUUUCCAGACAAAUCUGCUAUUUUGAAAUCAUGAUUCAAAAUAGCAGAAUCAUGAUUCUGCUAUCUCCAUCUGUACUCGCCCGGUGCAGAUGGAGUUCUUCCGUCCUGAAGUUUUCCUGACCAUUUUAAUUCUGAGCUCAACCAUCAAUGCAAGAAAAUGUCCCAAACCAUGCCGCUGUGACGACGCCAAACGAACAGUGGCCUGCAUCGGCAAAAACUUAACGGAGUUUCCCCUGGGAGUAUAUGAGACUGACGCCCACCAAGUCUCCUGUGAGAGCCGUGGUCUUAACAAAGUCCCUCGGGGCUUCCCACCCGGGACGCAGUUGCUCAAUCUCCGUGGCAACCGCUUCCAUUUCAUCCCCGCCAGAAGCUUCCCGGGCACUGGCCAAGUUGUGUCUCUGUACCUGGACUUCUGCAAAAUCCACAAAAUCGAAGCUGGGGCCUUCCGUGGAAUGAGGAACCUGGUGUAUUUGUACCUGUCUGACAACGACCUCACGUCUUUGGAGCCCAAAGCUUUGGCUGGACUCCGAAACCUCGUCUAUCUUCACCUGGAGGGGAACCGGCUGGCACAAUUCCCCGGAGCAGCUCUGUCACUCGUACUGAAUUUGUCCGUCUUGCAUCUGGAGCGAAACGCCAUCUCGAAACUGGAGCCUGCUGGCUUACUGUCCUCAGCUGCUCCGUCGCUGAUGAAGCUCUAUUUAAGGAGUAACGCCAUCGAUGGAAUCGCCAAAGGCGCCCUGAACUCUGCAAACAUCGAAACGCUCCACCUGGAUUCAAACCGGCUGACCCGGGUGCCGUCCGACGCUCUGACUGACACGCCGAACCUGACGGAGCUGAGCCUGUCUCGAAACCCGGUCCAGUGGCUCGGACCCGGGACCUUCCAGGAGAUGUCGCACCGUCUUCAGAGGCUUUACAUGAAUCAGAUGGGGAUGGAAGAGAUGCCGAAAGAGGCUCUGCUGGGCCUGGGUCCACGUCUGAAAGUUCUGACCGUGAGAGGAAACCAGCUGAAGACGCUUCCGGACCUGAGCCCGCUCAGCGGCCUCGAGAUGAUCGACCUGCGGGACAACCCUCUGAUCUGUGACCUGCUGGCCCUGCGAAGGUGGAUGGAGAGAGUGAAGCUGGACGUUUUAGCAACAUGUCGUCACCCUCUAGAGCUAAAAGGUCAGAAGGUGAUGGACACCAACGGGUUUGCAACCUGUCCAGAAAGCACAACUUCUCCGACUGAGGCGGAUCCUGUAGGACCCACAGCUGCAAGACUUAAAUCCACCAGAGCGAAGCAGGAGGCCAGAAAAGCUCAAACCACCCAGUGAAACAUCAGUAGGUCAAAGAACAAGAAGAUGAACAAAACAAGGGGAGGGAAUUGAGUUUGUGGGGUUUUUUUUAGUAUCAAUACACAAUACACUAAAGUAAUUACUUUAGUGUUUAACCAUAAAGUAACUUUUGUUUCACUCAAAUGGAAACACAUGCAGUACAUGGUUGGGUAGAGGUCAAAAUGCACUAUGAAUAUUUAUUUCCGGUCAUAUCUUUAUCUUGAGAAGAGACCCGGUUUUCUUUAUCUGUCGUUGACAUAUUUUGUUGGACUUUUGCUGUCAAAAUAUGUCAAAGGUGUGGAAAGUAAUUACAUUCAGUCGUGUUCCUGUAACCAAGUGCAAUCUGUUUGUACACUGGACUCUUUUGAAGUUGUGUAGAAAACUUGAACUUUUACUUGUUUGCUUUGAUUAAAGUAUUUUAUUCAGCUACGUUUUAAAUAAUAUCCGUUAAAGAGUAAAAAUACAUGUAAAAAGACUGCAAUGAUUCUUCAGCACCAUGACCUUGUAAACACUGAAUAAUAUUUUAAAAUGACACCUACUACCUCUCAAGCAUGACGUCCUGUGCUAACAUGGUUCGAUUUGAGCCAAAUUUUUAUUUAUAAAGUUCAUAAUUUAAUCAAAAGCUGUUUGAUACUGACAUGUACUAUUUUUCCUUUGUGAAAUCCAUCUGUGGAACUUUCUUCUGCUGAUAAAAGAGUACAUUUUUCUUAAAAUAAAAUUGUAUUGAGGAUUAUUUUUUGCUCUUAUUUGUGUAAAUUUUUACACUUGGUAACUUGUAUUUAAGUAAUAUUCUGUACUCUUUCAACCUAUUUUUUUCACUUUGAAUGCUGAGUCUGGUUCUCUUUCAACAAUGACCCCCCGUCUUUUCCUCAAAGAUGGGGGCCAAAUGUUUACUAAUGCUUACUAAUGUUGAGAGCUUCCUCUGUCUUGUGCCUCUUGUGAGAUCAUCCAUCAAACACACACCAAGGAGAAUAAAAAGU